CUGCAGCAAGAGUCAAAAUCAGUUACGCAAGAAGAUAAGAAAAAGAAAGAAAUUUCUAGUACAAAACCCGAGUCUGCUAUUGAGUCAAGAUCAUUUAACAGAACAGAAUCUUCUCCAGUAGAGUCUUGGAGUAAUACAGAUCCAGUGCCUUCAUCAGGAGCAGUGAAGACACCAAAAUUUAAGCCUGAUCCAAAACUUAUGGACCAUGGUCAGUCCAGCCCAGAAGAUGUGGAUAUGUACAGUACUAGAAGCUAAGACAAAUCUGCUUACAAAUCUUUGCAAAGUAUUACAGAGGAGGGGGAGGGAAGAAGGGAAGGAAUAAUCCUUACAAUACAUACUCUGAGGUAUAAUUUAAUCAGGUAUUUUCUUAUAUCCCAAUUUGUAUUGUUGACUUACAUGAUUCUGUUUAGUGAAUAUUUUGUUUCUCACUACUUAGAAUCAGUGAGGAUUCACUCAUUGUUAGUGUCAUUAGCGAGACACUGAGAAAAUAAGAUUUGUCAGUGUCUUCUCACAAUGAGGUUUCUCUGUGCCAAGCUUGUUAAUAAAUGUCACUUCACAAAGG